GGCCACGGGUGGCAACACUACCGUGACUGUCGCUCCUCCACACGGAGCAUUCAAUGGGACUAUCCUCGUUCUACGCAAUUGUCCGGGUGCAAACGACCACAUAACAAGCAUACCGACAACGGCAUCAGCUUCUUGCCAGCCCCCUUUUGGACCCAACCACUCCCUGCUGACUUGUGCCGAGCUACCGUCCACAUUACGCCUUCGCCAGGCACUCUUGCCCUCACCGGCAUUGGGACAGCAUCGCUGCAGCCGCAUCACGACUCUCAACCGUCCUUGCUAGCCGCCUGGAUGGCCGCCUCAGCCAGGGUGACAGAGUAUGUUGGCUGGACCCGUGAAGAAAUUGAGAUCGAUGGCGACAAAAGCCUCCUUGCGGCAGCCCUACUCGAAGACCGGCUGUGUGUGAUCAGCGACGGUUCUUACAAGCUCGGUCUGGGCACGGCAGCGGUUCAACUGCUUCCACGUAAGGGUGGCACGGAACGUAUUAUCGUCCGGUGCCAGACUCCAGGUCUAACUGAUGACCAGAGCGCGUACCGGAGUGAAUUAAUUGGCCUACUGGCCGGUAUCAUGGUUGUUGAUUGGCUCCUCGACCAGUGGGCCCCAACACUUCAAUCACCACCCCGCGUUAGGAUUGCAUGCGAUGGAUUUUCGGCAUUGCUCAACACCUUUGGUGACAAUCGAGUCACACCGCAACAAGCCCAGUUUGACCUGGUCUCCUCUAUCUGGGAGGCACUUGCCCGCUCUAGGGCCUCAUGGGAACCUAGCCACGUGUACGGUCAACUCGAUACGGCGACAUCCUUUUUGUGCCUCUCUUGGUGGUCUAAACGGAAUGUGGAAGUGGAUGCGUGGGCGGUCGCCUAUCGCCACCAGCUUGAGGCUUCACACCGAUUGAUUGCACCUAACGCUCGUUUCUUUACCGAAUUGGCUGCCCUUUACAUUGGGGACGUCAAACAGUCGCGAUUGAAUCCAGAACAGGUCAAGGAACGCGCUGCCUGCUCUACGCAAGCGAUGGCACGAGCGGCAGAUGAUUACACCGGAGGCAGAGCUGGAGACCGAUUGGACCAGUCUGGCUUGCGCCAUGAGCUCCCUUCCGGCAGGUGUCCAAUGUUGGACCACAAAGCAUGUCGUGGGUAUGUGUGGUGUAGGGAAGUUCAAAGUCCGGUGGGGUUCCGCCGACUCAGCUGCAUGUCCUUGCUGCGGCAAGUUUGA